CCUCACACAGGUGGUGCUGAUAUUCCUAAACUCACUCUGGUGUGGUUCAUUUGGGGCAUUCUACUUUGGUCAUGAGAACAAAAGAGCCUGUGUCUCACUGAAAGAGGAUUACAUGCCUCCAUCUGAAAAACACUGCAGACCAUAGAACAGAGGGCUGAGAGAAGAAAGUGUGAGUCUGCAGUGUUGGUUUCCAGGGUCUAAGCGGAAAGAUGAGGCUUUUGCUGGCCACUGCGCUCGUUCUGCUUUUUCUCUGGCUUCUGAAGGCUGAGAGGUCAAGUCACAAUGGAAAUGCCUGUGAGGCAGCCUCCCUGAGUGGAGCAGUGGUAUCUCUGCUGCUAUCCCCUCUGUCCCUGUACUCCUGGCUGACCUCCACGCUGCUCAGAUUAAUGGCGUCCCUCCCGGCCCUGGUCCUGGGAGCGCUCCACCACUCCGUGCUGCUGCCUCUCGCCGCUCUUUGGUGCGCCGCCUCCAUCUGCUCUUCCCUCCUGCUGACGUGUCUGUACGUGGCCCUGUACCUGCUCCACCUGGCCCUGGUGUUUGGGGCGGUGGCCAUUUUGACCCUCGCGCCGCACAAGAUGGCCGACGGCGACGCCUUUACCCAAAUGAAACCGAAGGAGAAGCUUCUGCCGACCCAACGGGAGGGGAGCCGAGCCAAAAGCAGACCCAGAGCGGCCGGUCGAAGGGCUGCGCAGCAGGGAUGAGUUUCUCUGAGUUAGUGCGCUUUUUCUCUGAGUUGGAGAAUCUUCCAGCAGUUGGUAAAGACCGGAUUUUACCUUCAUUUAUUUAAUGAAGGUAAAGCUGAGGUAGAUCUGUAUUUUUAGAGUGGGAAGAAAUGAAAUCUUGCAUCUAAAUUGGUUUUGAGUCACUUUUUUAUAAUGAAGUAAAAAUAAAAAAAAGGAAAACUUGUGAUCUAAAUGAGGCUGGAAAACGUAUCUGCAUGUUGCUGCUUUCACAAAGGGCCCGCGGUCGUCCACUUAUCUAUCCCUCUCCUUUUCCCCCUCUCGUCGUCUUUAAAUGUGGCCUCCCAAUUAUCUGCGGAUUGUUGUGCUGUUUGCUUCCCAUCUGCAGAUGUUAUCAUUAGACAUGUCUGUCAAAUGCAGAUGAGGGGAUAAGAGAGGAACGGAGGAAUAGGAUGAGGAGAAGAAAAACAGAAGGCCCCGUAUUCAUUGUCGGAGCUUUUUUCUUAUCGGCGUGUUUAUGCAGAGAAGUCCAACAGGGCAGGGCAUGAAAACCACAUUCCUGAAAAACACUAAUAAAGGGAGCUAACAGAGAGAGAAACUACAUGUGGCGACUGAUGCUCGCCCAACCAGUAAACGGCACCGGCAGACAGGCCGGGGCCCUCCAGGACGCAUUAAAAGUCCACGGGGAAAAAAAACAACAAUUUUAUCUAAAACUAUUAACACUCCUCGCAAAGGGUGCAGCCAUUAAAAGUGAUGGGUGAACUUUCGACGUUAUUGGAUGUACGAGUGUUUGCGAAUGAGACAGAGAGACGGAGGGGAAAUGAGGCUGGAUCAUAGAGAUUUAUUACAUGGCCGUGGCAUCCUAAUUAGCAUAAAGACCGGACCGGCCCACUCAAGCAGAGAAUUAAAAACCUUAAUUGUGCUGUCAGCCUUCCUCUCUGUUUCUGACUGUUGACUCUACUUCAUUCCACUCGCGGCCGUCUCCAGCCGGCCCUCUCGUCCCCGCUCAUGAAGUAGCCUGCGUCUGUGCCGGUUAAUUGUUGACGAUAAAUGGGAAGUCUGGUGUUUGUAAUUGUGAUUCGGAGGUGGGGGGCAGACAGAUAAUCUGGAGGAAAGAGAGGCAGAGUCGAUCCCAUUUCGUAAGAGGAGGGUGGUGGAAGUCAUUUAUGGAAAGUCCUCGAGAAGGAUGAACCAUUGCAUGGUAGAGGGGGGCGGGAAUGGUAUGGGAUCCUACACUGUUUUCUGAUGUUCUGAAUCUGAGUAAUGGAGGAUUAAGAUAGUGUUUACCAAAUAAUCAUGAUGCUAAUGUGA